AUGGCCAAUGAUCCAAUCCCCUUCUGCCAGCAAUACAUGAGCUGGAGUGAUGAAUCGACGAGUGAUUUCGCACUAUGGGCAGACUCUACGCAGAAAGCCCAUGAAAAAGACGUGUCAACAAGAUCGAGCCGAAUCGAUGACGAUGCGUCUAAACUACCGGAACAUCAAGCACCCGAACAUGACGAUGGUCUUAUGAAUUGGCAGGUUUAA